GAGGCGCCGCCCGCCAUGGGCUCCCGCCCGGAGCCGCUGCAGGCGCAGAACUCGGAGGCGGCGAGCGGCGGCCGCGGCCCCGAGUGGCGGGCGCUGCUCGGGCGGGCCGACGCGCUGGCCUUCGGCGGGCGGCUGCACGAGGCGCUGCCGCUGUACCAGCUGGCGUCCCGGCAGCGGCAGCUGCGCGCCGAGCAGCUGGAGAAGCUGGUGGAGUGCCUGGCGCAGGGCGUGCGGCUGAAGGAGGGGCUGCCGGCCGGGAGCGGCGCCCCGCAGCCCCGGGACUGGGACGGCUGCCGCUGCCGCAAGUGCCAGGGGUUCCUCUUCGAGCCCGUGUCGCUGCCCUGCGGACACACCUUCUGCAAAAAGUGCCUGGAGAGGGAGGACCGCGCGGCCGCCGCGCGCUGCGUGCUGUGCCGCCAGGAGGGCGGCGGGCGGCUGCCGCGGGUCAACGUCAUCCUCAGCAACCUGCUGGGCAAGUGGUUCCCGCGGCAGGUGCGGGCCUCGCAGCUCCGCCACGAGGGGAACCUCCUGUACCGGGAGAAGAAGCUGCACGCCGCCCUGCAGAAGUACGACGAGGCGCUCAGCUUAGCUCCCAAUGACCACUUGCUAUACAGCAACCGGUCCCAGAUUAACUCGACUCUGAAAGCUUGUGAGGAUGCGCUGCACGAUGCCGAGGCAGCAUGCAGGCUGCAACCCUACUGGCUUAAAGGUCACUUAAGGAAAGGCCAGGCAUUGGCUAAUCUAGGGAAAACAGAAGAAGCUUUAAGAGAGUUUCUGUUCUGCCUUGCUCUGGACAUGGGGAACAAGACGGCCAAGUCUGAGGCUCAGAAGCUUCUACUUAGUUUGUUUUCACUCAUCCCGGGAAAUGCUCAGGAACACUUACCCGAUAUCCUGCAGCUGUUGUCACAUCACUCUAGAUUAAAGGGGAACCUCCUAAGUUCAGUGGGAUCUGGAGGCACCAGCCAUGCCCUGCAGAGGUUGCUCAAGGUAAAUGUGGAACAGAAAAAGGGCUUUCCUGUUCAAGAGGAACCAAACAUAACUAAUUCUGGCAGUUUAAGGAAGUCCAUGCAAACCACAGAGAGUAGAAAGGACUGCUCAGAGGAGGAGAACAAGCCCACCUCCGUGCCAGAGCCUGCCUUCCUCGUGUCUGAGAAGCGUGGCCUCCUGAAAAGGAAAGGCUGCUUGGAGGAGGCGAGGGCUGCAGAGGUGCCCUGCAAGCUCCUGAAGAAAGAUACAGUCGAUACCAAGGGAAGUAGCACUGGGCAACAUACUCCAUUUGAAUCUGUGGAUCCAUCAGAUCUGGAUUGCUCCCUGUGUAUGAGUCACUUAUCUGGCCUGUUGCUGCAAAAUGACUGUUUUGUGCUUUGCUCUGCACAUCCAAGUACCCACAUGAGUUCCAUGCUACUGGUUGUGCUCUUCUAUGAACCUGUCACCACGCCUUGUGGACACACCUUCUGUCUCAAAUGUCUUGAGAGAUGCCUGGAUCACAACCCCAAAUGUCCCCUGUGCAAAGAAGGGCUCUCAGAGUGCUUGGCUAUGAGGAAAUACUGCAAAACAGUUCUAAUGGAGGAGUUAAUAGCUAGAUAUCUUCCAGAGGAACUCACUGAAAGAAGAAAGAUUUAUGAAGAGGAAAUAGCAGAGCUUUCCAACCUCAAUAAGAAUGUUCCCAUAUUUGUCUGCACAAUGGCUUACCCUACAGUCCCAUGUCCUUUGCACAUCUUUGAGCCCUGUUAUCGCCUGAUGAUUCGAAGGUGCAUGGAGACUGGCACCAAGCAAUUUGGGAUGUGCAUUAGUGACCCUGUGAAGGGGUUUGCAGAUUAUGGCUGCAUUCUGGAGAUAAGAAAUGUUGAAUUCUUUGCUGAUGGUCGCUCUGUUGUAGACAGCAUUGGCAAGAGGAGAUUUAAGGUGAUACAGCACAGCCAGCGUGAUGGCUACAACACAGCAGAUAUUGAGUACAUCGAGGAUCAAAAGGUGCAAGGACAAGACUACGCUGCACUGCUUGUUCUCCAUGAUUCUGUCUACGAUCAGGCAUAUAUGUGGUUUAAUUCACUCAAGCAAGCACUGAAGAGUAGAAUUCUCAGUCACUUUGGUCCAAUGCCAGCUAAGGAUCCUGACCCACAGGCUAACCCUAACGGGCCAGCCUGGUGCUGGUGGGUCCUAGCUGUCCUUCCACUUGAGAACAGAGCCCAGCUCCCUUUCCUUGCCAUGAAAUCCCUCAAAGACCGCUUGAAUGGCAUCAGACGUGUCCUUACAUUCAUGUCUCGCACAAGAUCGCGGUGAUGGUGAGGAGAGCUGUGAAGUCUCCCGCAGUGCUCGACUGUAGAGUGUCUCUUGUAACUUCAUCUGACUGCAGUAAUGUCCUACAGAUUUGUGUCCGAAUGUUUCCAGCCUGAAUUUCAGAGAAAAUAAGUUAAAAGGAGCAAGGGAUGUUUAUGGUUACUUUAAUAGUUUCCAUUUGGAACUCGGUUUCUGAGAUGAUUAUUCAAUUACUGCACUGCUAAAUUAAUAACAAAUGUGAUAGAACAAAAAGUGAUCUUGUUUGCCAUAAACCUUUUAAAAAGCUUAAGAGGUUUUUUUUAAUUUAUUUUUUUUUUGUAGUGGGUAAAGGGUGAACUGUGCAGUUUAAUGUGAAGCAGAAUUAAUAAUGUUUAUGCAUUAUUUCAAUGAACUGCGUGGUCUUUUCCAAAUGGAUCAGGUUUUAUAUAGCAUUGUGUAUAACAAUGUUCACGACUUCCGUUUGAUAAUUUAUUUUUGCACUAUGAUUUUUUGUUUCAAAAUGUGUUAUUUAUGUGUUCAUCCUCUAUAGGAAAGUGAGCUGCUCUAUUUAUAGUGGUUUUUAUCCUGUAUGUACAACGGGGGAAGGGGGGAAUGAUGAUUCUAGCAGUGCACAAAAAACUGCUUUGAUCAUUUUCCAGCUAUUUCUGUUCAAAUACUUUGAAUGUUUUUCUAUUUGUCCCCAGUCCUACUGUAGCCUAAGAAGGCUUUUUUCCUCCCAAAGCAGCCUGCUGUGAUGUCUCUGAAUACACAGACUGAGAGCUCAUGCACAGUUGUUGGAUCCUGACUCUCUGCUUGUAACUAUGGCUCUGAUAGCGCAGUGCAGCCGAGCGCAUCCUUAACCGUGAGUGCAGGUGUCAGAGUGCUUGGCUAAGCCAAGGCAUGGAUCAGUUGAUGGCAGUGGGGAUUUGCUGGCAGAAGGCUCACCCUUCUAAAAACAAAACUGGAAGUAUUGGUGUUUCGUUGUAGAUGGACAGAUUUUUUUUUUUUUAAUUAUUUUUUUAUAUCAACUCCGGUUGCUGUUGAGAUUAGCUUCACUUCUGGAGUGUCUGGGAUUUGGUUUUGGAGUGUUUGUAUGCGGGUGGAGGGAGGGUUAUUUUCAACUGCAGGACUAACAGGGCAGUUUGUACCACGUGAGAAGGAAUAUGUUGUAAUAAAUGCUAUUUAUGUCACCCCAAUGUUCAGCUUUCUGUUAGCUUCAAGUCUCUGCCCAGCCACCUCAUUUCUAUAGGCAGAGAUGGGGUAGGGUUGCUAAUAGUAGUUAACUGCUAAGGAAGACAAGUGAAUUUUUGGAUGAUCGCUUCUAGCUAACGAGGCAGGUAAAAACAAGGCAAAAAUGAGAAUAGCAUCAAUUGGUUUUUGCUUUAAAUCAACAAGCUGUUUGCACUUCUUACUGCUUUCUGUCUACCAGCUUCUGGAGCUCGUCUUCCAUGGGGCCAACAUUGACUUUCAUUCAUUUCAGUGGGGGGGGAAAGGAAAAACAAACUGUUGUGGAAUGCUACAAUUUCUCUUGAUGUUUUUACCCAGGACAGCACUAUUGCCUAUUCCAUGCCUUUAUGGAACAGUGGGGUAGAAAUUAAUGUCAGUUUUCCAUGUGUGAUUUAUUUCUCACCAUCAUUCUUUCAUCAGGAAUAUACAUUGAGAGUAAUUUCUGUACUGUCAGGUUUCUGUAAUAUCUUUUAUUCCCCCUCUUGUUAAAUUUUAUAGCACUUAUCCAUAAGGGUACCAAAGAAUGGAAGACAGACACAUUUCAGCUUCGUUAUGCAAAUGGAAUAUGUAUCCUGUGUUGGCAUUUAGCUGCUCUAGAAAUGCUACAGCUCGUUUCCAUACUGCUAGAUUGCUGCACUCCUGGCAUCUUCUGUAGGUGGUGCUUUCCAUGCUUCUCUAUGAACAGUGUAUAGAAUACAUGCUCUGAACAACAACUGUAUGGUGGCUGAGACCCGCUAUGACGUUGGUCUUCAUAAGUCAAAAGCAGUUCCUAUUUGUUUGGAAGUGAAACAGCAUUAAAUGCAAUUCUUCCUUAAACCGUUCUGUAUUAUGCGUAAUGUAAGGAGUCUGCGUUGCUCCUGUAGGAAGUUAGCACUUAGUUCUUGUAUCUGUGGGAAAAGGACCUCAGAUACGUAUUUCAUACUGUUUUCUCAUUGGUCUUGCUGUUCUUUUCCUGCAUGUCUUCUGCGUGCUCAUUAUUUUGUUGAUUCAGAAAUUGCCAUGCAAAGAAUCCUCGAUUCUAUAAGUGAACAUUGUCUUUCUUUAUCAGACUUGAGUAAAGCUGCCAGAACUUCCUCAGCAGAAAUCUGCGUAUACAUGCACUGUGCUGUGAGCCCCCAGUGUAUUGGGUGUGACUUGGAAACACGAACUGCUGCCUACACUGCAUGCAGGUGACCUGUGCAUGCACUGCAAAUUGACUCCAUCAAGAAAUUCAAUCUGGGACUGCUGUGUGGCCACACAUCCUAGGUUAAUGGGUAGUUCAUGCAUUCCUUCAGAGGAAAAAGAUCCUGAAACAAGUUUCUGAGAACACAAGCCUGCCAGUAAAAGCUGGACAAGGAGUAGCUUUAGCCCUCAGUGAACUGACAUGGUGGUUUCAGUAAUGAGCUUUACAAACACAGCUUCUAGUUGUGCCGUGCUACGGGUGAUUUCAGUUGUACUAAUUGGCACAAAGUUGUAAAUGCAGUAUUUAUUACAGGCAUAAAUAAACAACUGAGCAGACUCAGACACCUUAAUUUGAAUUAUAGAAACUGCAUUGAUUACAUCUAACUGGGGCUGGUAUUUUAUUCACUGCAUUCUAGGCACUUGUUUUAUUUCAACCGCUCUUGCUUUUAUUUACCUAAAAAGAAAAAAAAAAAAGGAGGAAAAAAAAGAAAAGCACUUAUGGGAUUUACAUUUCCUCUGUGGCUAAAAGUAGCGAUUAUUCUUUUGUAGUGAAGCCAUAAGUAAUCUGUAGGCUUCCUACUAUUGCCUUCAAGGAAGGGCACUUGCUUAGACCCUAAGUGACUGAGUUAGGAUUGCUAAAAUCAGAAGUUAUUCCAUUUUCAUAGAAAUGUGAUCAGUUGUUUUUUUUCCUGUGGUGGAGAGUAAAGCCAAUAAUUGAGUGAUCCAAGCAAGUGCUGGUCUCCUGUAGGAUAUGGUGGUGAGCCAUGCAGGCAGCUGGAGACCUCCUGAAAGUGACAGCUUGCAUUUGUGAGAUGUACUUCAUUCAUGUGAAAUCUCUGCACGCUUCUGUAAAUGAAAGAUUUAACAAAAUACAUCAAAUAGCAAAGGCUGCCUUUAUCACCUUUCUAACUUUUUCUGCACGUAUUUACCUUCUAAUUAAACAGAUGGGUUUUCUGAAGGAAAUUACAUUAAUUUUCCCACUUACAGAGUUCUGUAGUAACGUUGACUUAUGUUGCCUUGUGCAGGAGUGGUUUCUGUGAGAACAGCUGUUAGCUGGGCAUGGAGAGCUUUGACAGUAAACCUGGGGCACAGCUGCAUUUUCAGGUUAAAUUGUACAACCUGACUGAGCUCAGACACAGCUGUAGAAUGCAGUUCAUUAGUAUUAAUAAUUAAAUCAUAAGUUGGUGUGAUAAAAUCUAAUUGAUGGUUUUAGUUCCAGUUGAUGCUAAAACAGUUUUAGUUACAUAGUCCUCUUUUUUUCAUCUUUAAGUGCUGAUCUCUUCCAUGAGUGGUAGCAAUAAGAAGCAAGCUGUCACACUGCAUGGCUGACCAGAGCUUCUCUCCUGUGCUGCUGCUUGUGAGCAGAACACCUGAAGCACAGGUCUCCUCACCCAAACUUUAAUGAGAAUAAAGUCAUUGAGGUUUGGAUGCAGCAGGUCUGGUUUCACCUGCACUGUGAAGAAAGAGCUUUAUGAAAUUAUUUAGACAGUCUUUUGGUGACUCCUGCUUGGUGCUGAAGUUUUGCUGGUGUUUAAAUUAGAGACAGACAGCAGUUGUAGUGAAGUGCAGUGCUUAGGAAUGGAGGACACAUUCAGAAGCUUACUUUUAAAAAAUACAUGUAAAUUAAUUACGGUUUUUCUCAUGCAUACCAGCCCCACUGGAACUGUAUGCACUGAGGGCAGUGCUUUCCUGUCCCCUGAGCCCUACAUUAGGUGAAAGCAAAACGGGCUGAGCUUGUAUUGUCAGCUCUGCAGCCUGACUUGUAAGUGGUGCAGCAUGUCCUCAAGAUGUGGUGGUCUGGGGCUCAGUCCAAAGCAGCUUUGGAAAAUCUUUGAAAGCUACAGCAAGGUGGUAGCUCAGUCAAGUCGCUGUUGUGAGAUGCUUUGUUAAAUAAAUGUGGUCUGGAUACAAGAAUGAAUCUGCUUUGUCAGGAUUAAAAUGAUGGGUAAUACUUCAAAAAUAAUAACAGUUAAAAAAAAAAAUGGAGCUGUUAUGUUGACUUACUCAUCCAGGUGUCAUGUGAAUUGCUUACAAAGAGUGGAAUUUCCUAAGGUCUAAAGUAACCCUCACAUAGAAGUGCCUGUAUUCUGUUAUUGCCAUUCUUGAGCUUUUUAAGAGAGUCACAGCCAUAUAUUUUAUAAAUAUGAGCAUAUGCACCUUUCAAUCUUUAAAUUUGCAGAUCAAAGGUUUACAGAGCAGAAGUGUAGCAAAACCAAUGUACUAGCUUCUGUAAUUCCCUGGUGGGGGAUGGAGAAGUACAAAAAUGGGGAGGAACAGACUAUCUGUAUAAGAUGUCUUAAUUUGGCACCAUAUACUCGUCCAAUUUAGUUCCAUCAAGCUACGUGGUUAUAAGAGUGCCAGAAAUAUCUAUCUCUCAAGCCAUUCUAAAUAAAAAGCUCUUUGUUGACCUGUAUAUUCCAUUUGUUUGUAAAACAUCAUUUUUGUGCACUGUAACGAACUUGAAAUGAAACUCUCAUGCCACUGAACAGAGCACUGUUCAGCUACCUCAACGUAAGGUUGAAGUACUUUGUUUUUUUUUUUCCAGAUUUGUUCACAUUGUCAUAUAAAAUAUUUAAAAAAAAUCAUAGUCCAAAGAUCCUGUAUUUGUUUGUAGAUGUACUUACAAUUAUGUUGUACCAACAAAGUCUGUGUGAAGCCUUGUUUGCUAAUUAAAAUUUUUGUGUUCUUUA